AUGGUUUAUAAAUCAUUCGAAGGUUGUGCACCAAAACAAAAUCCUCGUAUUUCAUUAAAUUUUCUUGCUGAUAUGGUUCAAUUUUCUUCUCGAAUUAUUCGUCUUGUUAUUAAUAUUCUCUAUGUCUAUCGAUUUAUUACAGCUAUCAAUGGUUUACGUUUACGUAGUCAAUCUAAUGAAGAUGAUGAUAUAUUUAAAAUUCGUGCACCAUAUAUGUGUGCAACUCGACAUCAUCUAUCUGUUGAACCUGAUGUAAUUGAAUUGCACAAAGAAUUACGUAAACUAAUGUACAGAUUUAAACAUGAAGUUCGAUAUAUUACUCAUACAAUACAACAUUAUCCUCAUCUAUUAUUUCAAACAGUUCCAUUACUUGAAUCAAGUAUUGGAAGAUUACAAUGUAAUCUUGAUGAUCUUGAAAUGGCAGCUACAUUUGAUGGAAAAACUGAUAUACAACCAAAAACAACAAAUUUAAAUUCUAUUUCAAAUGAAUCUCAAAAUUCUGGUAAACUUCGACGUCUCGAAACUGAUGAAGAACAAGUCUAUCUAAUUACUAGAAAUAUUCAUGUAACACUUCAUACUUUAUUAAUUAAUUCUAAAUUAAUACAUUUAACAACAAAAAAUGGUAUUAAAGCUGGCAUGUCACCAUUACUUUCUCCAUUUCUAUAUGAUAUUGGAAAAAAAUUUUGUCUUUCAUUUUAUUAUUUAAAACUUCUUUCAAAAUAUGUCUCAUAUCGUGCUAUUCAAACUGAAAAUCGUCCUGUUCCACCAUUGAUUGAUACUCGUGUCAAUAUCUAUCCUGCUAAUCGAAAUACUAUCAUAGAAGCAAAUCAAUUUCUCGUUGAUAAUUUUGCAAAAACAGUUAAAAAACGUAAUGUACGAUUUAAUGUAGCAACUCAACAAUGUUUACCAUCAUCGAUUCUAACACGUCGUUUUAGUAACAUUAAAAACUCUACAAAAUCAAGAUUUGACUCAUAA